CCACCUCGGCCUUUGUUUGAUCAUCCCAGAUCGUUCGUUACCAACUGAAGAGAGAGAGAGAGAGAGACAAUUCAUUCAACAACUUGUCGCUCGGUCAGGAUUCGAAAUGUUCCUCUGUCCACCGGGCCUGUUCUUCUCCUGAUCACCAUGAGAAAAACUGUCCUGACUGCGGUGUGAAUGCUUCGGUGAGAAUGGCCUUGAAGCGUCGUGAUUAUGUCCUGCUGGGAUUGGGGGCUUUCAUUGCUUGGGGUCUGGUGGUUCGCUGGCUUCCUAUCCUCAGAUACCUGGGGUAUGCCGUGGUUCUUGGUGCAUUUCUCUCCUUCGCCGCGUUAUUCGGCCUGGUCCUUUUGACCACUCGCACUUCAAGUGCCUCGAGACCGCCUCGCGCAAAGACCCUCCCUGUCGCGUUCGUCGCCCGUCACCAUUGGAAGAAGGAAGUACAAGCGUUCGAGCAACGCUCGCUGUACCGCCCCCAGUCGCUCUAUCCUCAAUCCUUUAUUGUGUCCGAGAGUAUCGAUGAGCUCCUAUCCCUGAUCACUCGGGACUUUAUUUCUUCCUGGCAUAAGAGCAUCAGCCCCGGUCCCGCUUUCGUCAAUGAGGUGGAUAAGGUGAUCCGGAUAGCCGUGGGGAAUCUGCGGGACCGACUGCUGGCGGAGGAUCUGGUGUCACUUAUUGUCUCCCGGAUAUUCCCUAUUUUGACUGCCCAUCUCAGGGAAUUCGACAUCGCGGAGCGAUCCGUACGCGGCAGACACUUAACACGCAAUGUCACCGAGUCCGAGGAGUUGGAUCUGGCUAUCGCGAGCAAGUACCGCGACGGCAACCUCCAUCCUGCUGCCGUGCUGUCACUCUCUGACCAGAAGGCGGUGGAGCAGGAGUACUUGCGCAAGGUCACUGUUGGCCUGCUACCUCGGUUAUUCCCCGAGAGUGUCCUCAACAGUCGCAUUGUCUCUGUCCUUAUCAGGGAGAUUGUUUCAUGCGCCGUGCUUUUCCCGCUUGUCUCAGUUCUCUCCGACCCCGAUACUUGGAAUCAAUUGAUGGAGGCCUAUGGCCGAACAGCUCUGCAGGACCGCAAAACGGUACGCAAACUUCGCGCCGCCCUAGAUGAGCAUGCUUCGCCCGUUCCCAAGUCAAAGCGUGGCCAUGCCUUCCCGCGCCUUUCCCCGAAUGAUUCGGAGCGAGCUUUCGAGCGAUUUGUCCGAGCCAUUCGGCGGUGUAAUAACCUUUCAGAUGCGAGGCGAUUCAGAGCACUUGUGGCUAGCCAGCUGAAACGCGAGUCAAUGGUAGAAGGGCAGGACCCGGUCUACCUCCGGAGAUUAGAAACAGGCAAAAGAGUUCUGGACCAGAAGGUUUCCAAGCUUUCCACGCCAGGUAGUCAACCCUCGCAUACUGCUGCUGCUGCCACGCACUUCCGCCGCAAGAGCUCAUCCGCCGUCCAAGAGGCGUCUUUGGUGGAUGUCAUGCAUGAUGCGUCAGGCCUCUCCUAUUUUAUGGAGUUUAUGGACCGUCAGCGUCUCAUGUCUCUUGUUCAAUUCUGGAUUGUGGUGGAUGGAUUUCGCAACCCCCUCGAAGAUGAUUUUGGAGACGAGACAUCCCCAAGCUCCUCAAGCUGGACGAGUACAGACAGAAACGAUAUGGCCCUCAUCAGUGAAACCUAUCUCACGAAACCUGAAUUGAAAGUGACAGACGAGUCGCGCCAAGCGGUGAAGGCUUUCCUCAGGUCAGGGAAGCGUGCCACCCCGGAGCAAUACCGCAAGGCCCGGACCGUGAUCUUGACGACACAAUCGGCAGUAUUGGAAGAACUCCAGAACGUCUAUUAUCCCAAGUUUAAAAAAUCAGACUUAUACUACAAAUACCUCGCAUCGGACGAAGCCUCGCAUUCUGGUUCCCAGAACCCUCCACCUACAUCCCGCCAAAACCCCCCCAGCGCUAUAGAAGCUCGGGAGAGACGUCCACUUCCGCCCCUGAUGGCUCGAACAGCGUCUCAGCCAGGUCCGAGGCCAAAGAAGGAUCUGCGCAGAGCCGCCAUCUCUUCCAGUGACAUGGGCAAACUCUUUGAUGAUGACGAGUCUCCCAGACGAUCAUUCGACUCGGAGCGCUCGGUUCCAUUGUUUGAUGACGAUUACGAUACAGAUCCGAUGGCGGCAUCCACUCAAAGCCUUACCCGAGACUCGCAAAAUGGCGAGAACGAGACGAGCGAAAGCCGAGUCAUCGAAAAUAUGGAAGCCGCUUUGAACGACAUUAUCACCAAUGAGCCAACGAAUGGAAAGUUAGAGGACCUGAGAAGUGCGGAUCUGUCUCCUUCUACAUUGUCUAUUCAUGACCCCAAUCAAAGAUCUCCACCCGGCUCGAUGGAAUCUUCGCGAGUAGAUAGUCGGGUAGACGAUAGAGUCAAACCAAGCAUAGCCUCCCUCGGCCUUGUGGACAAGUCUUCACGCCUUGGUGUAUUUGAUGACGACCUUUUCCCGGACCAGCAGAAAUUUAUUGAGGAUGAGUAUGAAGAGCCUGUAGGGACCGAUGACAAGGAUUCUGCAGACGAGGUCCAUGAGGCUGCGCCCGGGGACCUUGGUCUGACCGAGGCGAUUGAGGCGCUCACUGCCGACAUCGAGAAACUCGGGUCGCAGGAAUCAGUCGUGGAUACCUUGACGCGAAAGGCCGAGCUCACGAACAAUACUGCCGAACUGAGGAUUUUGCGCAAGUCCAAAGCUAGUAUCCAGCGAGAAAUCCACCGAAAGGAGAUGCAGCGACAGCAGUAUAUCAUCCAGGAGAGUGAUAACAGCCUGUAUGGCAGGUCGACUGUCCGAAUCAAGUCCAUCGUAGUGGGCAAAGAGGAGGAUGGUCGAGAAUUUGCUAUGUACGUGAUCGAAGUACAACGAAAUGCUGGAGAGCAGAUGCCCGCAGCAUCGUGGGCCGUGGCUCGUAGGUACAGCGAGUUCCACGAGCUGCACCAUCAGCUUCGCAUGCGAUACCCGUCCGUGCGUCAACUCGAGUUUCCUCGACGACGGAUGGUCAUGAAGCUACAGAAAGAAUUUCUCCAGAAGCGCCGUCUAGCCCUAGAGGCCUACCUACAAAAGCUCCUACUCCUCCCAGAAGUAUGCCGGAGCCGUGACCUACGAGCCUUUCUCUCCCAACGAGCCAUCAUCCCUCCUCGCGAUGAGACGAACCCACGCGAUGGCGAGACUAAAGAUCUUGUUACACGGAUAUAUAACUCCGUCGCAGAUGGCAUGGAUGAUUUCCUCGGCAACUUUGGUGUCCUCGACCAACUCUCCAUUGCGGGCCAAAACCUCAUCUCCGCCGCAACAAACCAACAACAACAACAACCACCACCACCACCACCACCAAGCACUACCACCACUACUAAUGCGGUCACAGCCGCUGAAGCCGAAGCCGAACUCAACGCUUUCGAAGACCGUGAACUCGAACCCUUCAUCAAACCCAUCUGCGAUCUCUUCCUGGAAACCUUUGAACUCAACAAAGGCAACAACUGGCUGCGCGGCCGCGCCGUAGUGGUCGUCCUCCACCAACUCCUCGGCGGGACCAUCGAGCGCAAAGUCCGCGAGGGCGCCCGCUCCCUGGUCCAAGACGAACCUUUACUCCGGUACAUCGCCCUUGCAAGGGAAACCAUGUGGCCUGGUGGCGUCCUCCGCGAAAGCAAACCUCGCACACCGUCGGAACGCCUCAUGAGUCGCACCGAGGCGAGUUUGGUCCUUGCUACGCUGAUUCCAGAUCUAGCGGGGAACGUGGUCGGGAGGGCGAAUGCACAAGCAGCGGCGCGCAGGGUCUUUGCGACCUUGAAUAAUCCGCGGUUGAAUGCGCAUCUGGUCUUUACCUUGCUGGAUGAGAUUGUCCUUGUCUUGUUUGGGGGGAGGUCUUGA